GUCUCACCGCAUCGACACCGCUUCUCCACAAUCCUAUCAGCUCUUGUGCAUGUUCUGGUAAUCAUUAACUCGUUCUCAUGGCUUUGGAGGCAUCUCCCCCUUUGCUCCACAUACAUCACGAAGAGAACGGUAGUGGUGUUGGGAGAGAAGGCUUUUGGAGUGAGGAUAUCGUCAAGAGUGUAAUCGAUGCGGGUCUUGACGCCAUCGUAACCUCCUUUUCUCUCAUCUCUUCCAUCUCGGCUAGUCGCCUCUCCUCUGUUGAUGUCUUGGUGCUGGGAUUUGCAAAUUUGGUAGCUGGUGGCAUAUCGAUGGGUUUUGGAGAUCUUGUAUCAACCAGCACUGAGAAAGAGAUGGCCAAGAAGGAGAGGGCGACGACUGAAAAGGAUGUGAGCAGCUCCAUCAGCUCCCAGCAGACUCAGUUGCUCUCCACGUACCAAGCAUUAGGGAUGGACUUAGAGGACGCCAAAACAGUGGUGAAUGUGCUCUCAAAAUACCAAGACAUAUUGGUGGAUGAGAAGAUGACUGCCCGGAAAGGGAUGCUGCCACCUCGCCAGACUGAGAAGCCGUGGAAGAGCGGGCUCAUCACCUUUGCAUCCUUCAUCUUGUUUGGCAGUGUUCCUCUCCUCUCCUUCGUCAUCCUCAUUCCAUUCACAGGGGAUGAUUCCACCAAGUUCCUUGGGGCAUGCCUUCUCUCGGCCCUUGCUCUUGCACUCCUCGGGCUGGCCAGGGCCAAAAUCUCGGGGCACUACGUGCACUCUGUCGCAGCCACUCUAUUCAAUGGUUGCAUUGCAGCAACCUGUGCAUACUUGAUAGGAUGGAUGCUUCGGAAUGUGGCUGGCUUGCAUGACUAAUCGAAAAGACUUUAAACUGCAUCUACUCUUAUUUUGGAGGCUAUCUUGGGUCUUAACAAAUAAUGUCACAGAAAAUCCUUGAUGUGCUUUGCUCUUAACUUUGAUGUGUAGCUAUAUUAUGAAUCUAGAAUAGUUUGUUGUUUC